CGACCACGUCAAUGUGCGGGAAACAUUAACCACCAAGAAAUAGGCAUAGCGUUGUCGGAGUUAAUCAGCUACAUAUAUUUCUUACAAAAUAAUAUGAUGUCGCAUUUUAAGUAAAGGAAUAUAAAAGAUUUGAGACCGAGGCACAGUAUGUAAAGCAUAUCUACAUAAUCUAGACAUCCGCUGAAGAUCUAGACUAAUCAUGGGACUGAUUGGUGGAGGAUCUGAGACGGAAAAAAAGACUUGGUGUGUUGAAGGUAGUGAUGAUGAGAAAUAUGACCCUUCAGAGUCCGGAAAGGGUAUAUGGGAACCUAAACCUGAAGAUAUUCUUAAAUUGUUUGAGAAAAUUGAAAAGGAAAAAGUUCUUGAAUUGAGUUGGAAAUGUCCUGGUCGACGCCCACCGAAGGGGGCAGAGGAGGAGGACAUGGACGCCACCCAGGAUCCUAGUGUGGAGGUGGAACCGGAGGAGGCAGAAGAGGAGCCAAAGCCACAACAACCAACCGAGUUCGAUUUUGACGAAGAUGAAUUUGACACUGCUACAAAAGUGACUCCGAGGAGAACGCCAGGUGUCAAAACGCCAAAGUCUCAAAAAAAGGUUGCCCGUAUGGACAAGGUCUUACAAGACAUGAUGAUGCAGCGCAUACAAAACGCUGCCGAGAAGCAGGCCAGACGUCAGGGACGGAGCCCUGGUAGCACCCCAGCUGGUCGGGUCAGGAUGGGAAUGUCUCCAGGGUCAGGAGGUCACAGAUCACCAGGGUCAUCUCCAGCCUCUUCACCAGCCCCUGUCAGACCUGGUUCCUCUCCAGGAAUGGGCAUGAGACUCUCUAGACCUGCCAUGAGCAUGCCCACACGGCCCACUAUGGAAGCUGGUAUGACUACACCAGUUCGGUCAAUGCCCUCUACAGAUAUCGGCCAGACGCCGCCACCACCAUGGUCUGCGUCCAACACAAACAUAAAUGGGACCCCACCUACCCAGGCAAGGCCCAGCAAGGAUUUGGGAAAUCCCCCUGUUGGAAUUCCUCAAGGGGGUACUCCCCAAACUUCCCAUGGUUCAGCCUCGACUUCCUCUGUGAUGUCCACUUUACCCUCCAAUAACAUAGCGGUCAAUUCAGCGUUGACCGCCACUCCUACUGGCCAGAGGGUCGGGACAGACACUGUGAUGAAUAGUGCUAGAGAAUUUCCCCCACUUCCUCCCCCUCCUCCUGAGGGAGGAGGCGUGUGAUGGGUGUAUUUGUAAAUGUUUUAGUUUUAUCUCCGAGAAGUGCGAGACAAGUAGAUCUGUACUAAAAAAGUUAUUGCGAAAAACAAAUCAAUAAACUGUACAGAUUUGAACUCCAUUGACUGGAAGACAGGGAUUUAUCUGUGUGUGAUUCAGUUCUAUACACGAAAACGUAGAGGCUUUAUCCAAAGCAGAAAGAAGUGUGUAAUAAUCAUUUACCAUAGAGAAAACAGCACAUUCUACUACUCUUAUAUACUGAUUUUAGAAACAAUAUGAACAAAGAACUAUUUUACUUAUGUUUUAUUUAUAAUCUUCUGAAGAAUUUAAAGUUAAAAGCAAAAGUUGGUUUCUUUUGUUUGUAAAAACCCUGGCUAGUCAUGUAUUAAAUAGUAUUCCGUCUUUGCGUAUUGCAGUUAUCUUCUCUUGUGAGCAGGUGUUGAUUGUUACAUCAUUGGUUUG